UCUGCAAAUGGACCAAGGCCCAAACACGUCCAUCUCCUUGGCUCGGCCCACCACCCCCCCACCACCACGCCGUCGCGCUCCGCUUCCUCCCCUCCCGCCGGCGACCUCGCCGCCGACGCCGCCGCCACCGCCGCGUCGACCUGACCGACCGACACAAACGGCGUAGCCGCCCCUUGCUGGCCGGCGAGGCCACCAUCCGGGAGAGUGCCAGUUACUGGUUUAGCGAAAGCAGAUGUCCUCCUGGGAAGACGACGACUCGGCCGCGGCCGCCGCGGCGGCGGCGGCGGCGAGCACUGACGUGGAGCUUCUCAAGCGAGCGUGGCGCAACGAGAAGGCGUCUCCGGAGAUCCUUCGCUUCGACUCUCCCCUCGUCUCCCGCGUCCGCGAGCAGAUCCAGCUCCUCGAGGAGACGCUGGAUGACUUCGGCGAGAGCGGCGUCGACGACCUGGUGGUGUCGCUCUACCAGAUGGAUCUCGAUCGCACGCUCUUCCUCCUCCGAUCCUACCUCCGCCUCCGCCUACAAAAGAUUGAGAAGUACAUGAUGCACAUCUCCAAGUCUGAAGAUCUCUUGAGCCGGCUGUCGCAGCAGGAGCAGCGAUUUGCGAAGAGUUGUACGGAGAUGAUGGAGAAGCAUCUCGAGCAGUCAGUGCUGUCGAAGCUUCCAUACGGGUAUGACUCCGUCACGAGGCAAUCAUUGUCGAGCACGGAGGAUGACAUGGUUCCAGAGCCUCAGCUUGACACCUUUGUCUUCUGCAAAACCAAGAGUGACGUAGGAGCAUUCCAGCUAGAUGAUAUAGGGGAGGAGGUUGUGGACUUAGUUGCUGAUGAUUUGUAUGUCCUCCGGUACAAGUCCAUCAAGGGCCUUGUUGAGAGUGGGCAAAUCGACCUUAUUUGAUGCGAAUCACAAGGUAAAUGCUAGCAAGUGACCACUGAAGAUGCAAACUCUGUGACAGACGUAUCAGAAACAAGUCUUCUUUGGUUUUGUCGUGAUCUCUAAGUGGGUCAACUAUGGAGGUGAGGGUGACCCGAUGUGCUGAUUCCUGUGAAAGAGGAAAUUAUGUGGCAUCCUAUUAUAUGUAGUCAACAGUAAUCAGUUAGGAGAAUGAACCAUCGGUACAUGUUCUAAAAUUGUUAAUUUUCUAGAUUGUCAUCAUUUUAGUUGUCUUGUUAACCCAGGGUCCUUCAAGAACCAAGAUUAUUAACGUCCUCGGCAAGAGAAAUCUAGUUCACUGGUGAUCGUUAUAAAUUGGACGACUCUUUUGCCUUAGUUGGCAGCACAUGGCUGGCAAUGGCAUCUGUAGCCAUUUUUAUAAUUAGUGAGCAAUCAGGAUCAUAUGCAAUCCCACUCAACUUUGUCCAAGUCUCUUAAAAGUGGAGUGUUUGCUUUGA